AUGUAUGGGGGAGAAUUUGGUGUAGAUCUAAGAGCAAAGACUUGCUCUUGUAAAAGAUGGGAUUUAUGUGGGAUUCCUUGCCCACAUGCAAUUUCUGCUAUUUUCCAAAGAAAUGAAGACAUAGAGGAUAAUGUGGAUAAAUUGUACAAGAAAGAGGGUUACUUAAAAACAUAUGGCCCUAUCAUUGGACCUGUUCCUUCCAUUGACCAAUGGCCAAGGAGUAGUUUACCUGCAAUUAAGCCUCCCAACUUCAGAAUCCAACCAGGAAGGACAAGGAAGGUGAGGACAAAAGAACCAGGGGAGGUGGAAAUACCAGCUUCAGUACCGCCAAAUCCAAAAACCACCGAACUGGAAACCACAACCUACAAGGCUCAGACGAUUCUUUAUCAAGAUUCGGUGCACAAGAUGCGGUCAAGAAGGACACAACGGAAAAGGAUGUGA